UUAGCGCCGAAAGACUAAAAAUGGCCGAGGUGGAUUUCGGAGACAGUGAGCUUUUCCAACAAUUGGAGGAUUCUGAACCGCCCGUCUCAAGGCACAUUCGUUUCACAGAAGAUGACGACGAAAACAAAGAGACGAACCAGCUUCGCACUAGGAUGGAAGAGUGUGAAGAUAAAAUUGAAAGACUUUCUGAGGAGAAUAAAGUAUUAAGACGCAAACUCAGCAUCUUGACACGACCUAGUGGCAUCACAGUGGAAGAUGUCAACGUCGACGGGCCUCUUCUUCAGAUCCUUUUUACCAACAAUAUUAUGUCAAAGCAAUGCCGUCAGGAACUUGAAGACUGCAUCUGUAGUGUCAUUCUGAAGCACCAGAAACCAGGCAACGAUAAGAAGAUAUCUGUGUAUCAUAUGAAGCCUCAGAAUUCUGCUUUCGAGUUGGAUGAAGAUCCUGUUAAGUUGGCCUCCAGUAGUGUGAGAACCACAACAGAAGCCUUUAAAGUUGUUGGGAGCGUUUUAUAUUUCUCAACCUUCUGUGUUGACAAACUUGGACAGCCGCUGGUGAAUGAAAACCCCCAACUGACUGAUGGAUGGGAUGUACCAACCUACCAGCAGGUCUUUACCCAGGUUAAUGGAACAGAUGGACUGGAAAUGGAAAGUAAAAAAAGACCAAAGUCUAUGUGUUUCAACUGUGGCUCCAGCACCCAUCAACUCAGAGACUGCCCCCAGCCUAAAGACAUGGCUGCAAUCAAUGAAAGAAGAAAAGAGUUUAAUCAGAACUCAAGCCAGGUCACACAGGGCAACCAGAGAUACCACGCUGAUGAAGUGGAAGAGCGCUUUUCCAAAUUCAAACCUGGAGUAUUGAGUGAGGAGCUUUUAGCAGCCCUAGGAGUGGAUGGCAACACCCUACCUCCUCUGAUUUAUCGAAUGAGGUACCUCGGUUACCCUCCAGGUUGGCUCAAGGAGGCAGAGAUGGAAAACUCUGGCUUAUCACUUUAUGAUGGAAAUGCACCCAAUGAGGACACGGGCAACACGUCACAAAACCUCUCCUAUGAUGUUUCCAAACUGGUGGAUUUCCCAGGCUUUAAUGUACCUGCAGCUCAUCAAAUAAAAGAUGAGUUUAUGCACUACGGAUCAAUUCCAAUGCAGACCAGCCACAUGAAGCAAAACUAUGCCGCCUACCUGUCUAACAACUUUCCUAAGCAGUCUGAUGGCAACUCCAACAAAAGGCGACAUGAGUUUGACUCCUCUCCACAUCUCAGGAAAAAGACAAAGUCCAGCCCAGAGCUUAACUCAGACAGAAGCUCCGAUAUGGACAUUGAAUCAGACCCUGGAACACCUUAUUCAAUUGCCUCUGGUGACUUCCAGUUCCAACCACCACUGCCUCCGGGCUCCCCUUGCUAUAAUUCACCUCCUCCUUUACCCCAGGGCACUCCCCCUGCUACACCCACUCCCCCACCUCUCCCUAAAGGUACCCCGCCACCAACUCCCACCAACGGCUCUCCAGCUUUGCGGAGGCGUAACGUGCAGCUAGCUGAUGAGUCUGUGGAGGGAACUGAGGAUGAGCUGACUCUGGAAGAACUGGAGGAGCAGCAGAGGUUGAUCUGGGCAGCUCUAGAAAAGGCGGACACAGCCACAAAUAGCGACAGCGAGACUGCCGCUUCAGGAACACCUGCUCCCAGUUCACCCAGUGUUUCCAUACCAACACGCAUAGACGCUGAAAUGGAAGAUGUCGAAGAGUCAGUGGAUACAGUGAGACCUCCUGAGCCCUGUUAUGACAGUGAAAAUCAGAUGGAACCAGAUGUACAAGAGGGUUCAGCUGCAACACCUGGACCCAUAAAAGUAGAGGAGGAAAGUCCUCAGAGCCCAGAGCCGGAGCCCGUCAGGACCCAAGAUGAGAGCCCUGAAAGCCCAGAUCAAGAAGUCCCCGAAGAGGUUGCUGGAGACGCUUCUGCUAAGAAUCCAGAGAAGGUUGUAGCUGUUCCUCACCGCAGCAAAUUUGCAGCUGGCAUUGUUCCAUUUGAAGAUACCCCUGAAUUCACAGAAGUAGCUGAAGCCACUGGAACAUACCUGAGAAUCAGAGACUUGCUGAAAGGUUCCCCUCGAAGCUUGGCAAAGAAAAAAUGACAUUUGUUGCAUUGAUUCAGAACACAUGGACAGUUUUAAUCUAAAAUUUCUCAUUUUCACUAAAUAUGGCUUUUUUUUUUCUCUUUCGUUUUUAGCCUGUUUAUCUUUAAGACUACAAUGACUACAGCUAAAGUUUCUGUAAUAGAACCCCCCCCCCCCCCCCUUUUUUUUUUUCUUU